ACGACCACACCAGUAUUAAAUUGAUUUGUUACGGUAGUGAAAAAAAUCAACUUUGAGAAGUAGUGACUUUUGUCAUAGUGACAACUCCAAUUUGUUAUCGAUUGUGUGGUGAAAAGUCAAAAAACCUACAGUCCCUGAACGCACCACCGCCAAAGUCAGGGUGAAUGAAAAAAGACGCGCUUUUUUCCCCCGGCGAUUCAGGUUGAGAGGCGGCGCGCGCUCUGUCACGGAGGCUCGUGCACGAGCAUCACCUGUCAGGCGGGAAUAACCGCACGACGUCCAAGUUGGAAGUCGCGUCCUCGGAAGCCCUUUUGAUUUCCUCCCGCGAUGGCGGACCAUCUUCUGCAUUACAACCACUCCGCCGGCGCGGGGAACAGAUUCGCCCGCAAAGGAGCUUUGCGGCAGAAGAACGUGCACGAAGUCAAGAACCACAAAUUUACUGCCAGGUUUUUCAAGCAGCCCACCUUCUGCAGCCACUGCACCGACUUCAUAUGGGGCUUUGGCAAGCAAGGAUUCCAAUGUCAAGAAUGCCCGAGGGAGGAAAAAUGGCAGCCAAAUGACUGAUUGAAGGCACCUGGAAAGGAACGCAGGUUCAGUCACACCCGUUUACCAAACAAGCAAGGAAGCAAGCAAGGAAGCAAGGAAGCAAGGAAGCAAGCAAGGAAGCAAGGAAGCAAGGAAGCAAGC